CCAAAAACUUGCUGUAUAGGCUCUCGAAUGAUGAAAAAUACUUAGAUCUUCUACAAUUUUUUUUAAAUUUACUGUAACAAAUUCAAGAUAUGGUUCUCAAAACAUUAACUUUGUUUUCUAGAUCACGGGGCCCUGAUGAAUUUUGGCGAAAGAGAAAAAUUUUUAGAUUAUCUGCUCAUUUUAGAGGUCGUGCGAGACAUUGCUUUAGUAACGCCGUUCGCGCUGUACACCGUUCUUUACAAUUUUCUACGAAAGGCAGAGAUCCCAGACGAGAAUGGAUUGGAAUGAUUUGGAAAAACAGAAUUGAAUCAGGUUGUAACGAGCAUGUUACGGAUUUCAAAAUGUUGAAAACAGGCUUGAGGAGAUGCGAAAUUCAUCUAGACAAUAAAAGUUUAGCAGAACUCGUCAUUUGGGAACCAAGGACUUUUAAGCAUCUUGUCAAAGUAGCAUGUUUAAGACUUAAGCAAGAAGGGCUUAGUAUACUUCAAAAUUCAGAGAAAUUAGAUAUUGAUAGAGAGAAGUGAGGUACAAAUUAAAA